GAGAGGAAAAUGAUCAGUUUUUUUGUGCGUAUAAAAUCUGCUAAAUAUUGAUAUGUGAAUAUAGAAAAAAUAUUCAAAGUGAUAGAAAUAGAACCAUAAAAUUCAUAUUGUGUAAAGUAAAUUAUGAGGACAAAAGGUAUAUAAUUGUUCUGUUAAAAAAAAACAUGUUCAUUCGUGUUUUCCGGUUUCAUUUGAACAGAGGGUGCAAGUGUAAAUCAGAGAGUUAUGGUUUUUCAGGACAAUCUGUCCUUCCGAUGAGAAGAAGCAGAAAACCCAAAACCGAGAUACACUUCUAUUUCGCGGAGUGUGAUGGAUAACACAGAAAAAAUACAUAUUUUGUAACUUUUCAUAUGAGGAAAAUGCCACAAGAGUGACAAAGUAUAUUAGCUAAAGCAUUCAAAAAUAAGAAUCAUUUUAAAGACACACUAGUGAAUAUAUUUAGGAUCUCAUCGUUCCCAUCACAGUAGUAAUCUCUAACGGAUGAUGGGAUGAUUUCGCCAGAACAGAAGAAUAUUCACAACAACUGGCUAAGAUUUAUUUGCGGUAGUUGUAAAAAUAAACUAGAAAGCCUUUGGGAAUUCAAGAUCCUCUGCAAAAAUGCAUACAGAAAAUAUUUAGAUGAACUGGAUGAAGAUAAUUGUGAUUUUAAUUCAUUUGGGGCGUAUGAAUCUGAGGAUGCUUUUAAAGAUAAUGACUUGGAUAGCAAGAAUAUUAUUACAAAAUUAGAAAGUGAAGAAGAUAAUAGAAUGCAUUCACAAACAUUUGAAAUGGUUCUUGUUCCCGAAGAAGGCUCAGAAGACGCAAAAAAUUCAGUGGAAAAAUAUCUCAAAGAAGAUGAUGUUAAAGAAGUGAAAACUUCUGAAGUAAAUAAAACGAAAGAACCAAAGAAAAAGAAGGGUAAAAAAAGUCGAAAACGAGGGCAAUCAAGAAAACAAAAACAUUCGAAGGAAUCGAAAGUAGAUCCUAGACAAUACUUCCCAAUCUUGCCAGGACCCUAUUUUUGCGGACACUGCAACAAAUCCUUUGUCAGGAAAGCAAACGUAAGACAGCAUAUUAUUACUGUUCAUAGGGAAUUUCUCAAAUUCCUCUGCAAUGCCUGUGGAAGGAAAUUCUCAAGUCGCUAUAAACUGAGUCUUCAUGAGAGUGUCCAUGUGGAGAAUAGAGUUCGUGUCCCCUGCAAUAUUUGCAAAGAAACUUUCAUCACUCCGUUUACUCUGAAGAGGCACAUCAAAUUGAUGCAUGAAAACGUGACGCAAAGAGAAUUGAAUCAUUACUUCCGUUGUAAAAUAUGCAAUGUUGCAACAGAAGGACGAAAUGCUCACUAUGAACAUCUGAAAAUGCAUCCUGAAGUGACAAUUUUCAAAUGUCGCUUCUGCCGCAAAGAACUCAAUUCACUGGAAGCCUAUGCCCAACAUGAAAAUAUUCAUUUUGUUGAAAGACCAUACAUCUGUGAGAUUUGUUCGAAAUCCUUCAAACAGAAUACUCAUUUGACACGGCAUAUGAACAUUCACACUCUAGCCAAGAAAUAUCCUUGCAAUUUCUGUGGUAAAAUAUUCACUCAAGCUAGUAACCGGAAGACUCAUUUGAGAAUUCAUACCGGAGAACCUGCAUUUGAAUGCAUCAACUGUCUAAAGCGCUUUGCAGAGAGAAAAGAGUGGAAAAAUCACUGUAAAAGUUGUCCAAAAGUUUAGUAAGUUUUGCAGAAAUUCUUACUCUUGGCGUGGAAGAGAGAGGUUACCCCCAAAGAA